GUCUUCGGUUGCCUUGGAAGCCAUAAAUUCGACGUCGUCAUCCAUGUAAACACGCGAGAACGGUGAUCCCCGCGACUUUUCCACUUUACGCGAAUUUCUACCUCUGCGACAGCGAGACGUUCCUAUCAAUUAUCAAAUAGGUAGUUUUUGCACUAAACGUGACCGAUGAGAAAACCGGGCGCCAAUUUCGCAUUUCAACCCAAAAACGAUCUCGCUUCAACCCAAUCACUCGAGUUUGACGCAUCUUCACAAGGGAAUCGGCGCACAAAGAAGACUAAGGCGGAGCUGAGACAGAGCUUCUACGAUCUUCUCGAUUCCACUACAAUCAGCUAUCCUGCCUCGCCCGCCCCAUCGCGCGACCAGCCGCGAGCCGGUCCGGAGUCUGGCACGAUGCCGCUGUCGCGAUCGCCAUCGUUUGGCGACGAUGACCUCGAGCUGAUAAGCUCGCAAACGGCCAACCUAUCCAUCGACGCCCCACGCGACAAGUCGCCGUUGCGGCCAAUUCACAAUCCCAACGACGAGAUCAUCAGCGUCCACAGCAGUCCGGCGGGUGGCAAGUUCACACCGGCCAACCGUGGCGAGGUUAUUGACAUCUCCAACAGUCCGGCUACGGCAACGCCGACCUUUGGUCACCCGACCCAGCUGCCGUCCAACUUGCCCAAGCGCAAAAAUGACCACAGCAAUCUCUUCAUUCAGCGCACGACCCAUCCAGAGUUUCACAGGGACCUGUAUAGGGGGUCCGGUCCCCUGAAACCCAAGACUCAGGGUCGGAAGGCGCCCCCGUUGCAGAUGUUCAGCUCCAUGGGCGAAAACUCACAGCCAGUGACGCAGUACAGCCAGCCCGCCUCCUCCUACACGGACCAGGUCUUCUACACAGACCCAGCCAAAGCGAAUGCAGACCUGAAGGCGCUGCUCGAGGGCGGAUUGGACGAAGACGAAGAUGACGAAAAUGGCGAAGGGAAGGAUAUACAGGAGACAAUCGACGACGGCACACUCAAGGGCAUCAAGGUGAAGCUUCUCCCGCACCAGGUUGAGGGAGUGACAUGGAUGCGUGGGCGGGAGCUCGGCCCCGUCAAGAAAGGCAAGGUGCCAAAAGGCGGCAUUCUCGCCGACGACAUGGGUCUUGGCAAGACGCUGCAGAGCAUCUCCUUGAUCCUCAGCAACCCGAUGCCAUGCCCAGAAGACAAGGGGUGGAAAAAGCACUUCAGCGACCUUAAGAAGGCGACUCUAGUGGUUGCACCCCUUGCGCUCAUCCGGCAGUGGGAGGCCGAGAUCAAGGACAAGGUGGAGAAAGACCACGCCCUCAAGGUCUACGUGCACCAUGGCCCCCAGCGAACCAAGGAUCCCAGAGUGCUCUGCCGCUACGAUGUGGUCAUCACCACGUACCAGAUCCUGGUCUCGGAGUAUGGCCACAGCAACCCGGACGGCAGUGGCCUACAGGCGGGCUGCUUCGGCGUCCACUGGUUCCGCGUCAUCUUAGACGAGGCGCACAGCAUAAAGAACCGGAACGCCAAGGCCACCAAAGCUGUCUGUGCUCUGCGCGCUGAGUACCGCUGGUGUCUAACCGGCACUCCGAUGCAGAACAACCUCGACGAGUUGCAGUCGCUCGUCCAUUUCCUCCGCGUACAGCCCUACGACAACCUGGCCGAGUGGCGAGCCCAGAUCGAUGCGCCUAUGAAGAACGGCAAGGGGCACAUUGCCAUCCGCCGACUGCAUUCCCUCCUGCGCUGCUUCAUGAAGCGGCGGACCAAGGAUAUCCUGAAAGAGGAGGGCGCUCUCGUGGCUGGCGGGAAGAAGGCGAUGGAUGCCGCUGUGGCAAAGGCGAAGAAGGAGGGCAAGGAGGUAGAGGCGCCCAAGUCUGCGUUCAAGAUCACAGAGCGGAAGGUAGUCACGGUCGAGACCGAGCUCUCUCCCGCCGAGCGCGAAUUCUACGACCAACUGGAAGAGCGCGCCGACGCGAGUCUUGAGAAGAUGAUGAAGGGCAAGGUGAACUACGCCAACGCCCUGGUGCUCUUACUCCGGCUGCGCCAGGCGUGCAACCACCCGCGCCUGACCGACUCUAAGAUCGACAAGGACAAAGACGCGUUGGCUACAGAUGCGGUGGCACAUCCAAAAGCCAGCAGCGUGGAUGCAGAUCUCGACGACCUUGCCGACGCAUUCGGUGGCAUGGGCAUCCAAACAAAACAGUGCGACAUGUGCCUGGGCGACCUGUCGAGAAAGGAGGCUGCCGACGGCUUCCUUCGAUGCGCCGCCUGCACCGAGGGACUGGAGAAGAUCAAUUCGGGCACUCCGAAGCAGAAAUCAAAGAAGGACCGAAGGGUCAGCAUCGUGAAGGAGGAAAUCAAGAUCGAAAAGAUUGACAGGCGGCGGCCUCGGAACCGGAAGAUCAUUACCGACAGCGACGACGAGGACGAAGAGGCCGAGGGAAGCUGGAUAAUCCCCGAGGACAAACGUGGCCCCCUGCGUCUUGGCAAGGCCGGAGGCACAGACGACGAAAAUGCCGAAGGCGGUGGUGAAGACUUGGGGGCUGACGACUCGGACCAUUCUUCGGAAGCAGGGGAGGACGACGGGAGCCAGCUCCACAGCUUCAUCGUAAACGACGAGGCUCCAAAGGAUGAGCCGGAUUCGGACUCAGGUUCAGACGACGAUACGUUUGUGUCGGUGUCUAAGAUCCACUCACAAGCCGUGCAACAGCAGCGUCAGGAGUCGCGCUCCGAGUCGGGGGAUUCGGAUCAGGGCAUCUCCGAGUCCGAGCUGGGGUCGAGCUCCGAGUCGGACGACAGCUCCCGGCCGCGCAACGGGGCUCACCAGAAGCGGCACAAGAAGAGCCGGGGCAAGAAUGGCGCGAGCCAGGUCAUGGUGUCGGCCAAGAUCCGCGAGCUCCUGAGCAUCCUGCGCAAGGAGGCGGGCGAGCACAAGUUCAUCGUGUUUUCCCAGUUCACGUCGAUGCUGGACAUGAUCGAACCGUUCCUGCGGGCGCAGCCAGGGCUCAAGGCGGCGCGUUACGACGGCAAGAUGGCCAACGACGCGCGCGAGGCAGCGCUGCACGCGCUGCGCACCGACCCGCAUACGCGCGUGCUGCUCUGCAGCCUCAAGUGCGGCUCGCUCGGGCUCAACCUGACGGCGGCCACGCGCGUUGUCAUUGUCGAGCCCUUCUGGAACCCCUUCGUCGAGGAGCAGGCCAUCGACCGCGUGCACCGGCUGACGCAGACCACGGAUGUCGUCGUCUACAAGCUCACGGUGGCGCAGACGGUCGAGGCCCGCAUCCUCGAGCUCCAGAACAAGAAGCGCCUCCUCGCCGAGGCCACCAUCGAGGGCGGCAUGCGCAAGAAGGACAAGAACGCCAUGAAGGUUGGCUUGCAGGAGAUACUCGACCUGUUCAAGCACGACGCCCGCCACGCCGCCGACGACCACGGGCUCGACAACGGCGACUUUGUCGACCCCCGUGUCAUUGCCCAGGAUGUCGGCGCCAUGAUUUCGCGGAAGCCGCGGAAGAAGGAGGACGAGAUCUACGGGAGACGGUGGUAGAGUCUGAUGGGCUGCUUGUAUGGAUGUGUUUGCUACGAAUCUUUCUCUUCUUGCAUGGUGGGAAAGCUAGGGUCUGUCGGUU